GAAACAUUCACCUUGUUACAACACUUCCCCCGGCUUUCUCUACUACACCAUCCUUUCUGUUCAAAAACACUUAACCACAUCCACUCGUUAGCCCGAUCAGCCGAAUCGCUAUGGUCACUGCUGUGGCAGUUCCCCCGGCAGCCAGUGGCGCUUCUACGAAGCCAAAACAAAAGUUGAGCAAGAACCAGCUACGACGCGAGAAGAAAAAGCUGAGGAAGCAACAAAAGGCUUCACGAGGAGGGAGUGCGGUCACCGAUUCCGAGACUGAAUCUGAAUCGGAGAGAGCUCCAUCGAAGCAACUUUCGCUGGUUCCUGAGAGUACGCCCGAGUUCAACAUUGGUGAUUUAGAAAUAGACGAAGAUGAUCCUAACUACGCCGAGUAUAAAAGAAUCCUUGAGCGGUUUAAUGUUGAUGACGAUCAAGCAAAGGAAGAAGCAAAGGGUGAAGUAAUAUACAACGACUACGACAACGUCCCCGAUGAAGAUGAUGAAAAGGAGGAGGAAGAACAGAAGUUGAGCAAGAAAGCACGAAAAGCUAGGGACAAGCUUAGUGUAGCGGAGCUUAAGGCACUCGUGAAGCGUCCAGAGACUGUUGAAUGGACCGAUACCUCAGCCCAAGACCCACGUCUACUUGUUCAUCUAAAGUCUUACAGAAAUUGUGUCCCCGUUCCGAAUCAUUGGUCACUCAAACGCGAAUAUCUCUCGUCCAAGCGCGGUAUGGAGAAACCCCCCUUCGAACUCCCAAAAUUUAUCAAGGAUACUGGAAUCAUGGAGAUGCGCGAUUCCGCAAAAGAGAAGGAGGACGCCCAGUCUUUGAAAUCAAAGAUGAGAGAGCGAGUCCAGCCAAAAAUGGGCAAGCUUGAUAUAGAUUAUCAGAAGCUACAUGACGCUUUCUUUAGAUUCCAAACGAAGCCUCAAUUGACCAUGUAUGGAGAGGUCUACUAUGAAGGGAAAGAAUACGAAACAAACUUGAAAGAUAGGAGGCCAGGAGAACUGAGUGAGGAGCUGAAGGAAGCGUUGAACAUUCCUCCAGGUGCUCCACCACCAUGGCUUAUCAAUAUGCAGCGGUUCGGCCCACCUCCCAGUUACCCAAGUCUCAAGAUUCCUGGAUUAAAUGCUCCUAUCCCGCCAGGAGCCCAGUGGGGAUUUCAUCCCGGUGGAUAUGGAAAACCUCCUACCGACGAAUAUAACAGACCCCUUUAUGGUGAUGUUUUUGGUGUUUUGCAAUCUCAGGCGCCGGCGCAAACCGGUGAACCAAUAGAGAAGACUCUAUGGGGCCUUACCACACCUAGUGGGAUGGACACCCCCUCAGGAAUGGUUUCGAGUGUUCCUAGCGAAUUUGAGCCUGUUGAUGGUGGGUUUGAGCUCAGGAAGCGGAGAGAUGGAACAGAGACAGAGGAGGAUUCCAUUCAGAGGAAUCUAUACACUGUGCUGCCCGAACAGAGUAUCCGUGCUAAGGGUUUCUUUGGAGGAGAGCGUGCUUACGACAUUGGUAAAACUGGAAACUAUACCAAUUUGCCGGUACUUGGUCAAGAAGAUCGAAAGAGGAAGAAGCCCGGCGAUAUAGAGGUUGCCCUUGAUCCUUCUGCACUGGAAUUAGAUGGCCUAUCGAGUGAGGCGGUCAAAAAGCAGUACGAAGCCGCACAGGAGGCUCAGAGAAGAGAACGACAAGGCUUCCAAGAAGACUUGAGUGACAUGAUUGCGGCGGAGAGCCGGAAGAGACAAAAGCGUGAGGAGGAAAAUGCGAAGAAAAAGAAGGAUAAGUACAGAUUUUAAAAGGCGCAACCCGACGGACGGGUGGGGUUCUUCCCUCUCUUUAUUCUCGCAUCCUUUUUUCCUUUUCUUCCUUUCUUCUGUAGUUAUACCGGGUUCCGAAGUGGCAGCAUAAUUUAAUAUAGCCUAGCAGACUAUUUCCACCUC